AUGACAAUUUACGUGCUUGGCUUCGCCGUUGGUCCCCUACUGUUCGCUCCACUUUCGGAGGUCUAUGGUCGUGUUGUGAUCUACCGAUCCUGCCUGGCCUUGUUCAUGUGUUUUACCGUGGUCUGUGCGCUAUCUUCAAGCAUCGGCAUGCUAGUGGCCUUCCGCUUCAUUGCAGGAUGUUUCGGUGCCGCCCCUGUCGCCAUAGGCGGUGCGAUGGUGUACGAUCUAUUCGAGGUCAAGGAGAGGGGCCUAGCCAUGGCCAUCUACCACUCAGGUCCUAUAUUCGGAAAUCUUCUUGGACCGCCCUUGGGUGGAUUCAUCAUUCAGCACCAAAGUUGGCGAUGGGUUUUUUGGAUCAUCACAAUAUUUGCUGGCUUUGCUUUGCUAUCCUCCUUCUUCAUUCUAAGGGAGACUCAUGCACCGACCAUUUUAUGCCGACGAAAAGCCGAUGGCGGACCGCGUGGCUUUACUCCAAAUCAUACAAAUCCAGACCUUGUUGAUGAUAUAUCUCAGGAGAUCCAGACACCAGAGAUGAGGCAGGCUAUUCGCUCACCGACCACCUCACGCUUUGGGAGUUCGGAUGCCCAUGUUCCGGAUGUCGUCAAAGCAGGCCCUGCUACUCUUCCGGUAAUCAAGACACCGUUGAAAUCGGAUAUUGGAAACCCAAGUCUUACAAAGCCAGAAUCUGCUGACAAGGCUAUUCGGGCUGCUAAGAGACCAUUGACACCAGAUAUCGACACUCCAAAUCCCAGAGCGCCAGACCCAGAUUUCGAGGUUUUAGGGGCGAUCAAGAGACCGUUAAAGCUUCUACUUUUCUCUCCGAUCAUCCUGGCUUGUUCACUUAUCAUAUCUAUUGUGGCAGGAACAAUGAACUUGAUCUUCGCCUCCCUGGGGCGUAUAUUUCAGGACGAGUACGGGUUUUCUACGAGUGCCUCCGGUCUCAUGUACCUAGGAGUCACGACAGGAUUUCUGUUUGCGGCGUUCGUUUUCGGCAGGACGAGUGAUGGUAUCUCUCAGUUCUUGAUGAAGCGGAAUGACGGAAAACGGCAAGCUGAAUAUCGACUGCCUGCUAUGAUGAUUGGAUUGCCGCUGGUGGUCAUCGGUUUAUUCUGGUAUGGCUGGAGUGCACGGUACCACGCAUUCUGGCUUGCUCCCAUGUUGGGUCUAUACUUCUUUGGUAUGGGCGUCACGACCAUUCAGGUGAGCGAUCCCAGAGCCAGCGCAAACAUUCUUCCAGUGUACUAA